CCACAACCAAAAGAUGAAGAAAUAAUAAUAAAAAAGAAAUCUUUUAUUGUUGUUACCAAACCUCUAUCUAUCUAUCCUCCGUCUGCUGCAUCGUUGUCCUCCAAACCCCUAAAAUGGCAUCAUCAUCAGCCACUACUUUCACACCUCAGAUUUCCAACUUUAAUGGCUUGGCCUCUUUCCAAAAACUAUGUCUAAAACCAAAUUCAGUUGGUAUGAGGACCGCGUCUCAGCAUGGUCAUCUGAGGCUUGUUUAUAAUCGCCGAUCCAUUGGUGUGUUCGCCCUGUUCGGAGGAGGAAAGAAGGAUAAUGACAAGGAUGAUGGAAAGGCAGGAGUUUUCGGAAACAUGCAAAAUUUGUACGAGACGGUAAAGAAGGCGCAGAUGGUUGUCCAAGUUGAGGCAGUGCGCGUGCAAAAAGAACUUGCUGCAGCUGAGUUUGAUGGUUAUUGUGAAGGCGAGCUAGUGAAGGUAACACUCUCUGGGAAUCAACAACCUGUACGCACAGAAAUUACCGAGGCUGCAAUGGAACUGGGUUCAGAAAAACUUUCACUUCUGAUUACUGAAGCAUAUAGGGAUGCCCAUCAAAAAAGUGUCCAGGCGAUGAAAGCACGGAUGGGUGAUCUUGCUCAGAGCUUAGGAAUGCCACCUGGCCUCGGUGACCAGCUCAAGCAAUAAUCCAUUCCUCUUUUGCAGUCAUCCUCCAGAAAGCUGCAGUUUUGUAGACUAACUGUGUGAAAAGGUUUCCAGAUAAGAAUGAAGAAAACAGGGGCCAACCAAGAAAUUUUCGAUAUUGUAAAGGAACAAAAAGCCGUUUGUCUUGCUCUUUCUUUGUUAUUUAUCUCUUUAGCCAUUCGUCGUUUGAACAAAACGACGAUCGUUCAAGGAAGUGUAUGCGGCUUUAAUUAUGUUAAUCGAUGAUCGAAACAUGUGCUCAUUUGUACUGCAACAUACCGAAAGUUUCCUUUUAUUUAUCGAUGAUCCAGAUAUUUAGUA